AUGCCCAAGGCCUCAUCCGCCCUGACCUUGAACACCUCCAGGGUCUGGGAUGGCCCCAGUGGCAGUGGUGAAGGCCAGAUGGAACAUGAUGGGAAUGUAGCUGUUCCUGGCAGUGCUAAGUCUUCUCAGAACAAUGAAGACCUGUCUGAUCAUGAACUGGAUGAGUAUGAUUUGGAAAAUUAUGAUGAAGAUGAACCCACAGGUCAUUUAGAACUUGGGGAGUCUUUGGCUACUCUGGCAGUAUAUGGGAAUAAUGAAAAUGAUCCUUACAUCACUCUGAAAACCACUGAUCAAUAUGAAGAGGAGGACUUUUUGAUUAAGCCCAGUGACAACCUGGUCCUUUGUGGCAGAGUUGACAAAGACUGCUGUAGUUUGGAGGUCCAUGUUUAUAAUCAUGAAGAGGACUCAUUUUAUGUACAUCAUGAUAUUAUCUUGCCUGCUUACCCUCUGAGCCUGGAGUGGUUGGAUUUUGAUCCUAGUCCAGAUGAAUCACCAGGAAAUUAUGUUGCAGUGGGUAACAUGACCCCAAUUAUCAACGUUUGGGACCUUGAUGUAGUAGAAUCCUUAGAACCAGUCUUUUCUCUUGGAGGCAAGAAAGAGAAAAAGAAGAAAAAAUGGGGAAAGAAA